AUGCUGUCCACGCUAGCCUGCUGGACAUUUGGUGUAUAUGUUAAAUUGAAGGGCACAAGAGAUCCCCGUUCCAGUGUUUUGGUAGCAAACUAUGUGUCGUGUCUAGAUUCACUUGCCGCUGCACAUGUUCUCGGAACUAUAAGCCUAAGAAGAUGGAAACUGCCACCAUUUUUUGCUUCCACUUUGGGUAUUAGGAAUGCAGCACAGUUUGUUAGGAAGCAACACUUUGCUGACAGUCCCACCAAGCCAAUAUUGCUGCAGCCUGAAGGAGGACCCACUAAUGGCAAAGCUUUGCUUAAGUUCACAGACUGGGCUUUUCCAAUUGCUAACCGGAUACAGCCGGUUGCUAUAACGGUGGAGCGGCCUCUCGGGCUGCGCGUGGGCGUCCGCGGCGGGCGCGCGGGGCGCGAGGGGUUCCCGUGGGGCGACGCGCUGUGGUUCCUGUGCGCGCCCGCCACCGCCUUCUCGCUGCGCCUGCUGCCGCCGCUCGAGCGCGCCGACGACGACGAGGCGGCGUUCGCGGCGCGGCUCGCCGGCGCCAUCGCCGACGCCCUCCAGAUCGAGGCUACGGAGUUCCGUUGGGAGGAGGUGGCAGGGGCGAGGCGGGCGGGGGCGGGGAGGGGCCAGGGGGCGGCGGGGGCGGUGGCGAGGGGCGCCGAGCUGGCGCGCAUGGCGCGGCAGGUGCGCGAGGUGCUGCCCGCGGUGCCCGAGAGGGACGUGCUGAGGGACCUGGCGAGGACCCGCAGCGUGGACGUGACGAUCAGCAACUUCCUGGAGGGAGUGACGCCAUACCGGCCGGAGCCGGUGGCGGAGCCCCGAGCGGGCCCCUCCAGGGCGGAGCCUUCGCCCCCGCACUUCCCGCGCAGCGCACGCGAGAGGCAGCUCAGCUUCCAGGAGCGGAAGGCGCAGAUGGUGGCCGAGGCGAGGAGGCGCUACGUCCACAAACACGGCCUGGACGUGGCCCUCUCCUGC